AUGGAAGGGGUUGCGAACUUGCAAUUUGCAAGCAUGAUAAAUAGCGAUUGUUGUUUAAAAAAUGGCUGCGGUCCCCAUGGUGGGACAUGCCUGAGAAGUGAAAAUUCGCAGAGCCGCGAUAGCAAUACGAGUAUUACCAGGAAUGCAAAAAGAAUAUCCCAGAUAAACACAAACAGUAGAGAAUUGGAGAGUUACAACAAGAUGGAAUUCGUAGCCAAUAUAAUCAUAUUCUCAAGGGUAGCGUCAAUUCCAAUCACAGGGGUUGGAGCCAAACCAUGGAACAGAGCCAAACAAGAAAACAUGGAUAACACACGGGAGUAG